UAUAAUAUAUUUACAUAACAUACAAUAACAACGAUUGGUGUGCACGUUUUAUCGACGUUCACCAAGUCUUACCGAAAAAUAAUGAUGAUGGUAUAACGGCGGUGGCGCAGAAGAGAACGAAAAACAAAACGAAGCAAAAAAAAAAAUAAUAAUAAUAAAUAAUGUAAAAGGGAUCGGUGGUGGUGCUCCGUCGGUGCAGCAACUCAACCUCGGCCCCGCUCGUUCGAGGGGUUGGUGGGUGGAUGAUAGUCGAGUGGGCGGGCGAGUACAAAUAAUGUAUUAUUAUAUAACGGUAGCGGUGGCGGCGGCACUGUUAGCAAAAGCACCACCGUAAAGGCCGCCAAAAAAAGGGUGUCGAUAACUCGUGCGCCGGGCGCUGCGGGGUUACCACGGUAACGACGCUCGUCGCCGCCGAGCCGUCCGGGAUCUCCCCCUCUGCCGCCGCCACACCAUCUGUCAUCCCUUUGAAAAUCACGGAUUUCUGAUUACUAGCUCGCCGCCGAGUGAUCGUGCGGGGUGACCGAGUCGUUGGCCGCGGUGUUUUAGGGUGAGCGGGUGGUGAUGGCUAAGGGUGGCGGACGGUCGAGUGGUGCGAGGGCUUUAUCGCCGCCACCGCCGCGCUUUAUUCGGUUUUCCGGAUCCGCAGAACCGGACGAGUUUUCGGUCGUCGCGGUGCGGUGCAGUCGCGGUGCGGUGGUGGUCCACGACACCCGUUAUCGACUUUUACGCGAGUCCCAAAACAUUACGCACGCUCACACACACGCGCACGCACGCAUACACAGUCACACGGGGCGCGCGCUUUGUCCCGCUUCAUCUCACCGUCACCGCCGCCGCGGGAUCACAGCCGGGAGAGACGUCGUCAUCGCCGCCGCCGGUCCGCUCCGAACAUCGCACGACGACGAGCGCGCGUGAAUAUUUAAUUAUUUCUGUCGUCGCAUAUCAUAUACGAGGGAUCUCGUUUCCGCCGCAGCCUCUCCGUCGCUGCCGCCACAACCACCGUUUGUCAACAAAUGAAAAAGCUGUUUCCCGUGGAUUCUGACCAUGGAUUUUACGUCUAGUUCUUUGGAAACCAACGGCACGUAUUUCGCAUGUGAAUCUAACCAAGUACCCGGCCGACGGACUCCUCUGAGCGCCGUUGGACUGGGAGGAUAUUAUUUCCCGCAACCAUCGUCAGUGGCCUCCGAUGAAAAUAGCCCGGGCCCGGCUUGCCAACAAUUCAAUAAUGGUUCUGACAACAGAAUACCUAACAAUGGUCAAGGCACUUCGACAAUGUCCGGUGCGGGAGGCAAGUCCAAGUCCAAGCAAGGGAAGUCCGUCCGGUUGAAUAUCAACGCCCGCGAGAGGAGAAGGAUGCACGACUUGAAUGAUGCGCUGGAUGAACUCAGAAGUGUCAUUCCAUAUGCUCACUCACCGUCCGUAAGGAAAUUGUCUAAAAUCGCUACGCUUUUAUUGGCAAAAAAUUACAUAUUAAUGCAAGCAAACGCUCUAGAAGAAUUAAGAAGACUGAUCACUUACAUACAGGCUCAAGGAACAAUGACAAUGCCACCAGGUUUUGAUCUACAGGCUUCGAUGUAUCCCAUUAAACCUUCAUUGGCUUCACCCAACGCUUCACCAGAUUCUCCACAGUCUUAAAAUGUUACACCGAUGACCGCUUUUAUAACAAAAAAUAUAAAAAUAUAAUAUAAUAUACUAAAAUGUAAAGAAUAUUAAUGAAGGGACUACUAACACUUCUAAGCAAACCACACGUCGCUAAGUUUUACAAUGUGAUUUUCAUAAAUUAUUAUUAAUACAUAAUAAUAUAUUAUAUACAUUACACACACAAUAAUAAUAUUAUUAUAUAUUAAAUUAUAUUAUCAUAGUUGUUAUAAAUACAAAUCGAUUUUAUAUUUUUGAACUGUCUGUAUGAAGUAGACGGACAUUUAAAAAACAUAAUAUUUUGUACAUGAAUGCACAUCUUUGUAACAUAAUAUACUUACAUUAAGCAUAAUGAUUUUGUGUUCAAAUAUUCAGACUAAUUAUUGUUAGCCUCUUUUCAAUGAAUAAAUUACAAUUUAGAGUACCAAUAUUCCCCAUACUAUAACACAUGUAUCAUUUAAAUUAAAUAAUUGCUUGCGUAUUCUUUACAUAAUAUAAUGGUAGGUACAACUAAAUUCGUGUAAAUAACUAUUGAUGGCAUAUUAAGUUAAAAAUGGAUUUUAUUUUAAUUAGCACCUAAAUAGUUUCUACUUUAUAAUAUGUAUUAAUUUAGCUAUACGUACUGCCAUGCUUACGAUACACUAUUAUUUAGUUUAUAGAUAGGAAAAUCUAGUCACUUAAAAUAUAAUAUAAUAUUGAUGCUAUAAUUUAUUAUUUGAAUAUUUCAUGAUUAUAUUAAUACAUUUUAAUACAAUUACUGACUAGACUCAAAUUGUAAUAGGAAUAAUAAAUUAAAACAUGUAUUUUUUAAUCUUUAUCAUAUCCAAUUCUUAAACAUAAUAAUAUUAUUUUAUCAAUUAUUGUAUACAAUAAAAAUGCAUUUUUCUCAUGCUGUAGUUAUACGCGUUCGGUGAUUUUGUUACUUUUUAAGAGGACACACGACGCCCAUUAAUACAAAUUGUUUGUAAAAACUGUUUUACGUUAAAAAUAACUACUGAGUUUGGCUACAGUCAUAGCUGAGAAAUCACAUUUAUACAGAAGAAAAUAUAUUUUGUUGUCAUUACGUUUUUAUUUGUUUGAUAUUAUCAUUAAUACAAAAUAGUUAUUUCAGUUUGAAAAACAUAAAAAUAACAAAUUUAAAAAAAAAAUAAUAACUUUUUUGUAAAAUGUAUGUACAAACAAUAAAUAAAAACUCAAAAUAUAUUAUAUUCUUCUUUAUUGUGUAGACGCUUGGUAACUAUAAACUGUAGCUUAAAUUGUUUCGCGUUGAACUGUUUUAUUUUUAAAUAUUCUCAUAAUUUAUUAUUUAAUAACCAGUAAUGGUACUAACAUAAGUAUAGGCACUUACCUAACCUACCACUAAUUGUAAGUUACUUUGAAUUAAUAUUUAAAUAUACAUUCGAGUAAAAAUUUAACUUUCUCAAAA